AAAGAUCUUCCUCCAUGUCUGAAGCUGAAGAGGAAUUGAUCACGAAGAGGCUGAAGAUCGUCCUCGUCGGUGAUUCUGGAAGUGGAAAAGAUCCCUGUUUAGACGAGCAUCGCUCAGAAGUUUUGCAACAACGAGUUCACCAGACAAUAUACGCCAACGUCUGGAAUUGAUUUCUUCCUGAAGAACGUCAGUGUCGGUUACUAUAAGAAUGUAAAUCUCCAUUUGUGGGACGUGGGUGGACUUGCUCUUCAUGGAAGCAUGUUGGACAAAUACGUUUAUGGUGCUCAUAUAAUCCUGUUGGUCUACGAUGUUACAAAUAGUUUUAGCUUCGAAAUUCUACAAGAAUGGAUAAAUAAAAUCAGAAAGCUAAACAGUGAUUACGAAGAGAAUCCUUUGAUGGCUGUGGUUGGAAAUAAAUGCGAUAUCGAGCAUCAGAGAUCGGUGAAGAAAGAUCGAACACAUAAAUUCGCGGCGGAAAAUGGAUUUCCAUCUCACGACGUAUCCGCAAGGACUGGCGAGGCUGUGUCUUUGUGCAUAGUGACUCUAGCAGCGCAGGUAUUAGGGGUUCAUUUAACGAAAACGGAUAAAGAGUACCACAAACCCAUAAUUAUCGCGGAAAUAGGUGACACGGUCGACUUAAAUACGGUUCACAAAGUUGUAAAGAGAAUUCCCGUGAAAAAGCAGAACCACAUUCCCUUUUAUCCUCAUUUUCCCGGUUCAAAAUCGGCAGUGUGUGUAUUGCAGUGAUUAAAUAAUUUUUAUUAAGAAAAUAACUCGAAAUGUUCAGGUAACAGAA